AUUAAAGCAUAAAACAAUACAGACCCUCAUAGAGGAAGUACUUGAGAGAUAGAGCUUAGAGCGAGAGCGAGAGAGAGAGAGAGAUGGGACAGAGUGGGGCAUUCUGGUCAGGGUUGAAGAAGGUGAAGCCAUACUUGGCAAUGGUGUCGUUGCAGUUCGGGUACGCCGGCAUGUACAUAAUCACCCUCGUCUCUCUCAACCACGGCAUGAACCACUACGUCCUCGCCGUGUAUCGCCACGUUGUGGCGACCCUACUCAUCGCCCCUUUCGCCUUUGUCCUUGAAAGGAAAAUACGGCCGAAGCUCACCCUCCCGAUCUUCCUGAGGAUAAUGGCGCUCGGUUUCCUCGAGCCGGUGCUGGAUCAGAACUUAUACUACGUGGGGAUGAAGUCGACGUCAGCAACUUUCGCAUCGGCCACCGUCAACAUCCUCCCUGCCAUCACAUUCAUCAUGGCGCUCGCCUUCAGGUUAGAGAAGGUGAACGUGAAGAAGAUUCAGAGCCUAUCUAAAGUGAUCGGGACAGCGGUGACUGUUGGCGGAGCGAUGGUGAUGACGCUGUACAAAGGCCCCAUCGUCGACUUCAUGCGGUCGGGUGGAACGGGCCACCCCCACGCAGGUGGCGAUGGCCCCCAUCAGUCGACCAACCAGCAUUGGGUCACCGGCACGCUCAUGCUCCUCGCCAGUUGCUGCGGUUGGUCCGGCUUCUUCAUAUUGCAGUCAUUUACGUUGAAGAAGUACCCAGCAGAGCUCUCCCUGACAGCACUUAUAUGCUUGAUGGGAUCCGUGGAAGGUGCGGCAGUUACGCUCGUGAUGGAGCGCAACAUGAACGUCUGGCGAAUCGGCUGGGACUCCAGGCUGCUGGCUGCUGUUUAUUCCGGCGUGGUUUGCUCCGGAAUAGCUUAUUACGUGCAAGGAGUGGUGAUCAAGGAGCGAGGGCCGGUGUUCAUCACGUCUUUCAGCCCACUCUGCAUGAUCAUCACCGCUGCUCUCGGUGCCAUCGUGUUAGCCGAGACGAUUCACCUCGGAAGCAUCAUUGGGGCAAUUUUCAUCGUCUGCGGCCUUUACAUCGUGGUGUGGGGUAAGAGCAAGGACCGUCAAGCUGAGUCGACGACAGCUUUGAUGCCGGAUGAGAAAGUUCCAACCUCCGAAUUGCCAAUCACUGAUGUCAGGACGAGCAACGGAGGGCGUGAAGUCCAAAAAUAAGUCGACAUGCCAAGGAUUUCCGGAAAAAAUCAUCUCCACCAGGAGUCUUAAAAUACUACUGAUAUCGCGAGUCUCAUGAUGGACAAUGUCCGUCUGUAAAUUCAGCACAAUCCGUUCUUUUUUGUGUUGAAGCGUCCCUUGUAGAACCGGUAAAAACUCAAGAGGAUGUUAUCUAGAUUUUAUGUGGAAUAAUAAAGUUUUUGGAACCGA